GGCGACGGGCUCGCGCUGCUGAGACAAGCAGAGCACUGAGGACCGGCAGGCGCGCGCUCACACUCACGCUCUCCCCCAAACAAAGAAGCAGCACGCGAGGCGGCAGAGCAUCCCACCCUUUCGGCCCAAUUGCAGAAGCCUUCCCCCCCGAAACCCCCCACCCUGCUCAUCCCUCCAAGGCAAGAACCGGUCCGAACCGAAGGCCCCCCCACACACACCCCCUCACCCGGCCCCGACCAUGACGACCAACGGCUCCGCUAACGGAACCAGCGACAUGCUGCAGAUCCAGUUCGGCCUCAUCAACUGCGGGAACAAAUACCUCACCGCGGAGACGUUCGGCUUCAAAAUUAACGCGUCGGCCACCAGCAUGAAGAAGAAGCAGAUCUGGACCCUGGAGCAGAGCGGAGACGACUCCAGCGCCAACGUGUUCUUCCUCAAGUCGCAUCUGGGCCGGUACAUCGCCGCGGACAAGGACGGGAACGUCACCGGAGACAGCGAGGCCGCCGCUCCGGAGUGCCGCUUCGUCAUCACCGCCCACGACGACGGCCGCUGGUCCCUGCAGUCCGAGCAGUACGGCCGGUACCUGGGCGGCACCGAGGACCGGAUCAUCUGCUUCGCGCAGACUGUGUCCGUGGCGGAGAAAUGGAGCGUGCACAUCGCCAUGCACCCGCAGGUGAACAUCUUCAGCGUGACGCGCAAGCGCUACGCGCACCUGAGCGACAAGGUGGACGAGAUCGCCAUCGACCGGGACGUGCCGUGGGGGGUGGACUCCAUGAUCACGCUGGUGUUCCGCGAGCAGCGGUACCACCUGCAGACCUCCGACAACCGCUUCCUGAGGAACGACGGGGCGCUGGUGGCCACCACGGACAAGACCACGGGCUACACGCUGGAGUUCCGCUCCGGGAAGGUGGCCUUCAGGGACUGCAGCGGCAAGUACCUGGCGCCCUCGGGGCCGUCCGGCACCAUGAAGUCCGGCAAGAGCGCGCGGGUGGGAAAGGACGAGCUGUUUGUGCUGGAGCAGAGCCACCCGCAGGUCGUGCUCACCGCCGGGAACGAGAGGAACGUCUCCACCAGGCAAGGCAUGGACCUGUCUGCCAAUCAGGACGAAGAGAGCGACCAGGAGGUGUUCCAGGUGGAGAUCUGCCGUGAGAACAGGAAGUGCGCGUUCCGGACCGCCGCUGGGAAGUACUGGACCCUCACCGCCAACGGAGGCCUGCAGUGCACCGCCUCCAGCAAGUCCACUAACUGCUACUUUGACAUCGAGUGGCGUGGGAAGCGGCUGACUCUCCGCGCAGCCAACGGGAAGUACGUGGCGGCCAAGAAAAACGGCCAGCUCGCCGCCACCAUGGACUCUGCAGGAGAGUCCGAGGAGUUCAUCAUGAAGCUGAUCAACCGUCCCAUCAUCGUCCUGCGUGGCGAACACGGCUUCAUCGGCUGCAGGAAGGUGACCGGCACGCUGGACUCCAACCGCUCCUCCUACGACUACUUCACCCUGGAGUUCAGAGACGGCGCUUACAGCCUGCAGGAUUCCACCGGAAAGUACUGGAUGGUGGGGAACGAGCAGGCGGUCGUGAGCAGCAGCGACACUCCCGUCGACUUCCUGUUCGAGUUCUGCGACUACAACAAGCUGGCCGUCCGCCACGCCGGCGACGGGAAGUACCUCCGUGGCGACCACGCCGGCGUGUUGAAGGCCAACGCCGACGACCUGGAAACCGCCACUCUCUGGGAGUACUGAGGGGAACCAGAGCCCCCUGACCCGUCCACCGCCUAAACACCUACCCGUCCACCCCUCCCCCACCCUCAUAUUAAACCCCGCCCCCUUUUUGACUAUAUGUUGACAAACUGCACAGAGAUCAGCAAGGAUAGAAGAAAGGAGCCUCUCCUCUCUCCCUCCCUUGCCUUCCUUCCUUCCUCCGUUCUUCUUCGUUUUGUUUUUUUUUGUCAGCUCUGCCCUCCGGUGCCAACCUGUAUCCGUCGCCGUAGUUACCACAGGGUGCUGUGCACUUUUCCUGCUUCGAUCCGUCUUUGUCGCGCCACUUCCUCCGCGUUUCUGCUUGUUGGCGUCUGAACUGGACUGAAGGGCCCAGAUUCAGCGUUUGUUUAUGAGAGCUUGGCGUUCUUGAUGACUGUAAUAUAACUAGAGUGGAUCUGACGAUGUAGACAAUGUAACUCGACGGGACAAAGCCCCGCCCACCUCCCCUUAGCCCCUCCCCCCACUCUCCUUUCAUCUCAAGUGUAUGAUAUUUAGAUGUAAGCCCGUGUUGCUCUCUAGCUGUAUUAUCAUCAGUCGGUGACGAGGCAGAAGUCUGAGAUCUUAGCAGGUCGUAGGAAGAAACCUAAAUCCUCCGGAAGCUGUAGUCGGAGAAACGGUAUAAAGGGUUAAAAGCCGACGCAGAUCAACACACGUUUCCGUACGUUUGCUGCACUCUUGCACAGUUGGAUUCAUUUCUUGCUCCAAGUCCAAGGCACAGACAUUAUCAUGGCUAAACGUGUACAGCGGAUAGGUGUAGUAAAUGUAGUGAAACAGUCAAUAGAUGCCUAGAAAGCUGCUUUUUUUUAAUUAUUAUUUUAAAUUUUUUUUCUCGAUUUCCCUCGACCAAACAAACACCUGAGCCUUUACGCAGACCAAACUUUUGAUACUGGGUAGACGACAAGCUGUUCAAAACUGGAAUCUGGUGCUAGCAACAUGUUCCCGUUCAACAUCUCGGCUCCACAUCGGAGAACCUGUUCACCCAAAAUCCGUUUCUCUUUUUCUCUCUCUUGCAUCUCGGGUUCCUGCCGUCUCAGUUUGAAACGGACGUUUCAUCUCGUAGUUCAGUCGCACGGAAUCUCAACCUGCUGAUUUUUUUAAAAUUUUAUUUGUAUUUUUUUUUUAAAUCCACUUAGACGACCAAUCACUGCAAUCACUCGACGAAUCGAUGCACGAUUGUAUCCGGUCCAACGUUUUUCUGAUGUUCUGAGUGUUUUCACGAAAGGUUCUGUGGGAAACAAAAACAGAGAAGUUCCUCUCCGAGAAACUUUUGGCAAACUGGAUGUUGGGAGGGUAAACAUGUGGUAAUGACUGUGCCUUACUCUUGAGUUUUGAUUUUUUGGCAGUAGGAUAAUUAAUUGAUAAAAAAAAAAAAAAAGAAAAUGAAAGAAAAGAAAAUGAAAGUCCACACAUUUUGCUUUGUAAAACUGGAACUUCCUUUUGUAUUAUUUUGUACAAUUUUUCUGGGAUAUUGUGGAGUAAUCUCUCUCUUGUGCCAUUGGUUCACCUGAAAUCCAGCAACCAAUAAAAACUGGAAUUUGGAACGCAAA